AGAAAUGUAGCAGAAAUAUUUCUACUACAUUUCUGAGCUAUUAUGUAGAAGAAACGUUUCUGAAUAGAACAUUAAACAUAUACGUAUCUAUAAUAUAAUAUGUAACUUUUACUAUUUGCACAGUCCUUUUUAAAUUCUUUUUGCUUCUAUCAAAUAAUGUUGCAUUGCUAUUUUAGUCAAUAUAAUGUGUAUUAUAUUUAUAUGUUGAUGCCCGAAUUUAAUUUAAAUUUGAAUCUAUACUUUAAUUUUGCCGCGUCACAAAUAUUCAAGUGGUACCAAAUCAUCGAUGAAAGUGAUCACUAGAUCUUCAAAUAUUCUUUACUAGGUCGUCCAAGAAUAUCUCGGUCAGAUUUUUAUAGAAUAUCUCUUACAGAGAGAGGAUAGAGAGAAAAGUGAAGGAAAUUAAGUAAUUUGAUAUUUCAUUAAUAAUUUGUAAUGUGAUGAGCUUUUCAUUCUGAAAAAUAAAUACUUAGUUAUGCCUGUGAAAUAGAAGCGACGCAAUAAUGCUUCUGCUUUUGAAAUGAAAUGCGCUUUUGUUCGAUCUUAACGAUUUCGUUGUUCAGUCUUUUGUCAGCUUAGCAAAGGAGUGUAGUUGAUUGAUUGUGUGUUUGUUACGUAUGCUUGCGAAUACCGGUAGACUGUUUUAGAAAGUUGUUGCGAAUAGUUUAUAAACUGUAUACCUACAAUAACGGUAGGAAAUUCUUAGAAAUUGAUAAAAGAAAAUAUCUGUAGUGAAAGAUGUGUGCAGAUCUGUUUAGGGGUAUUGGCCAUUCAAUAUUCAAUACACUUUUAAGAAGCAAAAUGGAAGACAUUGUGAAAGAGUUAAUGUUUACACUUGUAGCGACAGACAAGUACUAUGAUGUUAUAAAUAACUUUCAGAAGCUUAAGACUGAUCAGUAUCGUGUAAUAUUUACUUUUAAUAUUAUAUGGGAGAAUCACAUUAUUCCGUAUAGCCAUGUAGUUAAUCUAAGUAAAAAUGCUGAAGAAUCUGAGAGAAUACGGGAGGAUGGCAAUAGUGUGUUUGUUACUUCUACUUCUAAUUUAAAUUUACGCAUUGCAUUGAAUAUAUAUACACAAAGCAUAUCCCUAGCACCUUAUCCAUCAAGGCAACUUGCUCUGGCUUAUGCCAAUAGAUCAGCUGUUUUAUAUGAAUUAGCUUUAUAUUCUGAAUGUAUUCAGGAUAUUAACAGAGCAUUGGACUUCAAUUAUCCCGAUGACCGAAAAGGAAAGCUUUACAUGCGUAAAACACAAUGCCUAAUCAUACUGAAAAAUGUAACUGCAAAAAAUAUGAUUAAGAAAACAGAAUAUUGGAUAAAUAAAAUGACUUCUGGGCCCAAUAAGUUAAAAUUACAAACUAAGCUGGAUGAAUUGCGCCAGAAGACUGAGCAGAAAAGUUUCCAGCACGAUCCUAUGAAACAGGCAGAAUUAGAAAGUGAAUCUCCUCUCCCUGUCAUAAAGUCUUAUAAUAAUGAUAUUCCUUGUGCAUCAGAUGCUGUAGUCUUAAAAUAUGAUGAAAACAAUGGCAGACAUGUUAUUGCUGCUCGUAACAUAGAUGCAGGUGAAGUAGUUGUUGUAGAAAAGCCUUACUCAUUGCUGUUGUCACAGGAGAACACAUUGUCGCACUGUUCAAAUUGCCUAAAAAACAGUUUGGCUCCUAUACCCUGCAAAUACUGCACUUAUUCUUUAUAUUGCUCAGAAAAAUGUAGGGAUAUUGAGUGGAGCAAAUGUCAUUAUAUAGAAUGCUCUUUUUUUUCUAUUAUGGCCAAAUAUGGCUUCAACGAUAGUGAUUUUCUUAGCUUGAGACUAGCUGUGCUCGCUGUAAAAGAAGCUGGCAGUAUACAUGCAUUGAAAACCAUGUUGGAAGAAGUUGAUAAAUCUGAUGAUUCAAGAACUAAAGGUUUUUCACAGGAUGGAAAAUUCCAUAGUGAUAAAUAUAUCAGUCUGUACAGUCUGGAGAGGAAUACCGAGAAAAGACCGUUUAUUGAUCUUUUCAGAAGAACUAUAGAUACUUGUUUUAUUUUGUACCUUUUGGCAACGUGUACCAAGUUUUUUGGUAUCAAAUUUUCCGACGAUUUAAGAGCUUUGGCGAGAAAUGACGACGUCACGUUUGUAGGUGGUCUCAUUCUGAGACACCAGCAAAUAAUCCCGACCAAUGUCCAUUGUUUCACUGAACAGCGAUAUUUAGAAUGUGACCCUGUACAACGUGGUCUGGCUGCUAUGCCUUUUUGUAGUCUAUUUAAUCAUAGUUGCAGUCCGAAUAUGAUGAGGAUUUCGAGAUCUCAGCAUAUCGUUUUGUACGCUAUGUAUCCCAUUCGCAAGGGCGAGCAGCUCUUCGAUAAUUAUGGAUAUCAUUUUGCUGUGAUGUCGAAAAUACAAAGACAACAAAAACUACUUCAACAUUAUUAUUUCACUUGUAGUUGCAUACCUUGCCAAGAAAAUUGGCCUUUGUUUACCGACUUGAAGUCCUAUAAAAUUCUAGUCAAGACAAAGGAUGACAAAAAUAAAAUAAAAAAUGCAUUAAAGAAAUUUAAUACAUACGUUAAUUUAGCAGAAAAGGGUGAUGUCCUGAAUAAGCCUUAUAUCAUCGAAGAUUUGUUAAUGAUGAUACGAGUGCUGUACGAUCGCGUGCCGAUUGCUUGCAAAGAGAUGGGUGAGGUUGUGGAAACUUUGAAACGGGUGAACGGUUUGCACGGAAAUAAGUGCGUCUCAGUAGAAAUAUCGAUGUAUAAGUAAAAACGCGUGUUUUUUUAUGAUAAUAUUUUUUCCUUGGUGAAAUGUUUUUUGUUUUGUUAUCGUUUCAUUGACAGUGUAUCGAUAUAUCGUUUUGUAAUCAGUGUAUCGAUAUAUGUAAAGAGUUUUAGUUUAUUCCAGAUUUUGAAGAUUCAAGAAGUUAAUGUUGUAAUCGUUUUUGAAGGAGUAACUUUGAAAGUUGUGAAUCUCGCCGCGGUCAUUUUCAUUAUUGCCACUUACGACUGAUUGAGCAGAUCUGUAAAAUAUUCCGAAAAUUUAUCUUUUGCUGUAAUAAUGAAUAAGUAAAUUAACAUGAUAUGUGGUUUACCUUUUGACUGCGUGAGUUUAUCACAAUUAAUUUUACGACCUUUGUCGAUUACUGUAACAAAGGAAAAGUCUUCGGAAUAUUUCACGUAUCUACCUGAUACAUAUUGAUUGCAAGUAUAAUUAUGUAAACAUAACUUUUUUAUUUUAACCUUUUUAUUUUUUAAGAAUUUCGAAUAUUAUUUUCUCUUUUUUGACAUAUUAUUGGCGAAGAUAAUCACAGUGAGGAAACAGGAAUCUCAAAUACAUAAAAGAGAAGGAGAGAGUUCUUAAUAAAGUAUUUCUAUGAAGUGAUAUAUUAAAAAUGUUUAAAGAUGACACUAUAUUUGUUAAAUGUAUAAUAUUUUGAAAAAUUAAAGUUGCGAUGGACAAUAUUGCA